AUGAUUUCCUAUCGUCACCCUUACCAAGCUCUCUGGAAUGCCCAAUUGACACCUUUCGUUCGUUGCAAUUACGCAGGCAUUGCAGAUUUGGAAGCAAUUACAACAAGAAAAAGAAAGUUUUCAUCAGACGAAGGUUCGGAUCUCGUGAAAUCCAAAUAUGUAGAUCCAAAGACAAAAGUUGCCAAAAUUUACAACGUUUCAAAGCAGUCAUAUCCAGUCGUUAAAGUAAACAUCGAAAAACCAAAGAAGAAAACUACUUUAUUUACCAUAGCCGCAAUACUGGGGUACUCGACCGAGGAGAGCCCAAGAAAAAAGAGAAAACUUCAACCUACGAAGCCAACAAAAAGAAAAGAUGAUUCAAUUGAUUCGGGUUUUUCGUCCUCUGGAGAAAACGACGAAUCGAUUGUUGUAAAUACAAAUGACGACAGCGGAAUUUGUAUAAAUCAUUCCAAUGAGCAACAACAAGUACGAGACAGAUUUCAGUCUGCCCAACCGCAGUUAUACCAACCCGAAAUAGAAAACAUACGACCGCCUUCGGAAAGCUUCUAUAACAAGUAUAUGCCUAUCAAUGAUGCACAUCAUUUUUAUCAUGGGUUCAACCGAUUUGGACAACAGAACUCGAUGUCUAAACAUCAACAUGCUAUCCCAUAUGCACCAAUUCAAGCAAUAGCUUUCGUUGAACAAGAAAUCCGGUCAAAUUCAACGACUUCCGCACCUCAAAAAGCAAGAAAUACUCAAAGAACAAGAACUACUUUUACUCAAAAGCAAUCGGGGCGUUUGGAAACUGAGUUCAACAAUCAGCAAUACAUGGUUGGAAUUGAAAGACGUACACUUGCUAAGAAGCUCAAACUGACAGAUGCGCAAGUUAAAGAAGAAUCAGGUACAGGAAUGAGAAGAAGCGCAAACCCGAAGAAAAGACCAGAAAACUCGAUAUCCUCAAACGUGAUGCGUUUGGAAAACCUUAAGAAUAUUUUUUUGUAG